GUGGCAAAUGAACAAAUAAAAAUCCCGCCUAAAAAUCCCCUCUUUAAUGUAGCUCCUCUCUUCUCUCUCCCACUAAAGAGAGAGAUAUUUGGAAUUCACUCGCCUUAGAAUUUCAAUUCAAAUUCCCACUAAACCCCUCCUCUUCUCCCCUUUUAUCCCCCCCUUCCCCCCCGCUCCUUUCUCUACCUUCCUAUCUCUCUUCUCUUUCUCAAUAUCGCAUUUUCUCUUCAAACCGCAUAUCUCUCUCUCCCCUUACUUUCUCUCUCUUCCUUCAAACCCUAACCCUAACCUCCAGAUAUGAAGGGAGGAAAAGGUAAGGCUGAAACCACCACCACCAGGAGAGGCGGCGAUGCUAAGCUUUCUGUGAAGAAAGGAGCCCCUGCUAAGAAGGGGAAGCCAGCAAAGGACCCUAACAAGCCUAAGAGGCCCCCAAGUGCCUUCUUCGUCUUCAUGGAGGAGUUUAGAGUGACAUACAAGCAGAAGCACCCUAACAACAAAUCUGUUGCUGUUGUUGGGAAAGCUGGUGGUGAGAAGUGGAAGUCUUUGACUGAUGCUGAGAAGGCUCCUUACAUCCAGAAAGCCGAGAAAAGGAAAGCUGAUUAUGAAAAGAACAUGACCACCUACAACAACAAAUUGGCUGAAGGUAAAGAUGCAGAGGAGGAAGAAGAGUCAGACAAGUCUAGGUCUGAGGUGAACGAUGAGGAUGAUGAAGAUGGCAGUGGCGAGGAGGAUGAAGAUGAUGAUUAGGAGGGGUUUGCAAAAGAUGAAGCGGUUUGUGGUUUUGGAUCACCUCAUCUCGAUUGGAAGUAUAAACUGUUGGUAGUUCAAUAUAAGGAAACAAUGGGGAAACAAAAAUCAUCAGUCUGUAUCUUUAAGUCUUAACUUUGACUUGAUUAGCUUUGGCCUCUCUGCCCUGUAGAGCAAGUAGUGUUUUACUUUUGUUUUAGUUAAAAAUGAUUAAGAUCUCUUUUGGGUUAGCUGAAUGGUAAUCUUAAAUACAGUAGUUGUUUUUCUGUGCCAA